AUGAUGCAACAGGGACAGAGUCAAGAAAUUUUAUCGUGUGACGUUUGUGGUAUAACUUAUAAAUUUAUGAGUUCACUGACCCGGCAUAUGGUGACAUCACACAUGAACCCAGAGAAAUUGCGACAACAAGCUGAAGAGCAACGACGAAAACGUGAAAAUAAUUACAAGCGUUAUCUGGAAAACCGUAAAAUGUACGAAACUCAGCAUGGUACUGGGUACGGAAAACGCAGUUACAGAAGUGCUAUGAGUAGUGAUCCUGAUGAUGAUUUCGCUUGA